UCGCAGAUACGCAUCCUAGUUGAAGUCAAGGAGAACUUUGAUUCUUCAGGCAUCUCUCGCGGAUAACACGGACUUUUCUGAAGGAGCGCGAGGACGUUUGGACACCUCAGAGAUGCUUUUUAUGGUUUCAGUCGGUGAUAUCGCUCCGUUUAUGUUGAGUACAAAACUGAAAAAAAUGUGCUCAUUCUGAGGAGCAAAGGAGACGUUUCUGUUGGAUUUUCAUUACGGUCCGGAGACGUGAUGUCUGCCAGCGCUCGAGCCCUGUUCUUAGUAUUGCUGAGUGUGCUUCAGGCAAACGGCCAGACGGAGAUGAAGAGGGUGGUCGGAGACAAUGCCACACUGCCGUGCCACCAUCAGCUGUGGCAAGCUGACACCUCCCUACUUGACAUCGAGUGGAUGCUGCAUAAAUCCAGCACACGGCAGAAAGUGGUGAUCACGUACUUUGCGGGUCGAAUCUAUGACCCCAAUGAGAGUGAGGAGGGACGGCUGUCCCUGGCGGGCGAGUUCCUGAAGGGCGACGCUUCGCUCAUGAUCAGCGACCUCUUGCUCACCGACUCUGGAGAAUACAUCUGCAAGGUCAAGAAUGGCGGGAAGUACUACUGGAACACAGUCAACCUCAUUGUGCUCUUGAAGCCAUCCAAACCACGCUGUUGGAUGGAGGGUCGUCUGCUGGAAGGAAGUGAUGUCAGAAUGAGCUGUAAGUCCACAGAUGGUUCUGACCCAAUCAGCUACAAAUGGGAGAGAGUCCUGGACAAGGGAAAAUAUGUCGGGAAGCUCCCACCUCUGGCUCUCAUAGAUCUAAAGAACCCAGAGAUAGUAACGUUGAGAAAUCUGACGAGGGAAAGCGCAGGCAUCUAUAAAUGCACCGCCAGCAAUGAUGUCGGGGAAGAGAGCUGCACUCUAGAGGUCAAAGUUCACUAUGUCCGGGGCAUGGGUGUGGUGGCGGGCGCCGUGGUGGGUGUGUCCUUUGGUGUUCUCCUCAUCAUCCUCAUCGUCUGGCUUGUUUUUCGCCACAAAGAGAAAGAGAAAAAGAAAUAUGAAGAGGAAGAAGCACCUAAUGAAAUAAGGGAGGAUGCAGAGGCUCCCAAAGCCAAAUUGGUGAAGCCUAACUCUCUCACCUCCUCCCGAUCUGGUAGUUCUCGCUCAGGGGCGUCCUCCACUCAGUCGAUGGUGCACAACAGCGCCCCCCGUGGCCCCAGGCCUCGCCUACCCGUUGUAGCUGCUCUUAAAGAGGGCGGGCAGCAUGGAAACUACCCUCCAGUACCGCCAGCAUAUAACCACGUGGUUCCUAAACCUCUAGAGCCCGGCAGUAGCCCCAAACCCAGCCCGGCAAAGCUAAACCCGGGCAACCUGGCCAGGAUGGGCGCCACACCUGUGAUGAUCCCCGCCCAAACCAAGGCAUUUCAGACUGUUUAG